AUGGGUGGAAAGAAGCUGAAGGCCAUGAUUCAUGUGAGGGACAGUACCGUGUAUUUCCUGACCCGAACGGAGAAGUUCCUGAAAAGCACGCAGGCAGCGGAUGAGAACCAAAUACGGUUUCGGUUAGAUAAGUUGGAGGCCAAUUGGGAGGAGUUUGAGGGAAUUCAAGCAGACAUCGAUUCAGCGGAGGACGAUGAGGACAACUUCGAGAUGCAUCAUCAAAUCAGGGCCCUGAUUGAUUCCGCCCCGGAGUUGAGUGGUAUCCAAAAAUUCCACUACUUGAGGGCUUCUCUGAGGGGUGAAGCGUUGAAGUUGAUCGAUUCUUAUCCGAUGAGCGAGGCAAAUUACGUGGUUGCGUGGAAUGGUUUGGUUGCACGGUUCUCCAAUGGCUACUUGCUGAAAAAACGCCAUUUGAAUGCGAUGUUUGAGUUCCCGAAAAUUCGAAAAGAGUCUGCUUCAUGUAUCCACGAUGUCAUCGACUGCUUCGAACGUAACACCAAAAUCUUGGACCAGUUAGGAGAGCAAACCACCGGCUGGGGUGCGAUGCUAACGCAUCUGAUGGUAUCGAAGUUGGAUGAGUCUACACAGAAGCGCUGGGAAGAACAUGUAUCAGACGAGGUCGAGCCAUCUUUCGUCGUCCUGGUGGAGUUUCUUAAAAGCUCAAUAUCCCUCAAUCGGCCGGAAGUCACGUCCUUCAAAGAUCUCGGUCAACUCGGCGACCUAGCGGGGAAACCUUCAAACUACGUUUCAUGCGGAGAGCAGCAUUUGAUCUCGCAAUGUUCCUCCUUCAUUCAACUUCCGGUCGACCAACGGCUGCAUCUGACCAAUUCCAAACGGUUGUGCAGCAACUCCUUGGGUCGAAAUCAUCUAGCGCGUGAUUGUCCCUCCAACUAUAGGUGCAGAACUUGCUCCAAGAAGCAUCAUACCUUACUACAUCCGCUGCAUCCGUGGUUUUCUGGUUCAGGUUCUACUUCCAGUCCUGUUUCGGAAGCUUCAAGGAUUCAGGGACAGACUUCAACUGCUUUGGAAGGUACGAGUUCCGGAGGGUCGAUUACAAGUUCUGUGGCCGUUUCAACAAACGCAGCAGUUGGGCAUCCGGGAAAUCACGUCUUCUUGCUGACGGUGUUGCUCAAGAUCAAGGAUAACUGGGGUAGGACUCAUCUUGCGCGUGGCUUGCUGGAUUCUGGAUCACAAGCAAACUUGAUGUCGGAGAGACUCUGUCAGCUACUAAAGCUUCCACGGCGCGCUAAACGGGUGGAAAUUCAUGGUAUUGGUCAAGCGCGAAGGACAACGACACACGAGGUAUCUUCUUUCAUUUCGUCACGUAUUCGGAACUUUUCAACGUCAAUGGACUUUCUGGUACUGGGGCAGGUCACAGCUGAUCAGCCAUCCUCUUCUCUUCCACUGACAAAUUGGGCACCGCCAUCCGGCAUGCAAUUGGCAGAUCCCGAAUUCAACGUGUCAGGACCGAUAGAUCUGGUACUUGGGUCGCAAUACUUCUACGAUUUCCAUAUACUCGAUGGUGGCCGGAUUCAAAUUCGCAAGCUCGACAGUGCUCUUCCAGAUUUCGUCAAUACCGUAUUCGGUUGGGUAGCUGCUGGUGAAUCUGAAUGA